UUGUAUUGAAAAGCACGUAUUUUCAAAUUUUCUUGAUUACACUUGCAUCUCCUAUUUAUUUGUAAAUAAUAUUUAGCCAAAUAUCACUAUGUUUGCAUACAAUAUUCAAUAUUCCGGUUUCUGAAACAUUCGCAAUAACCCUUUUACAUGUCUGAGCUAACGGGGUUAAUCUUGUAUAUAUGGUGUUAUAAACAAUUAGGGAUAUCCCCAACAAAACAGUGACGUACGGACAACGUCCUGACGCACAGAGAACGUCAUGACGUAACGUGCGUCAUUUCUAUUUCUUCCUGUAUACAAAACCAACACCACCAAGGCGUGUAAUGAACAACCCGGGACCGGUCGAACAUAAAUGUGUGUAAAGGACAUAAACGUGUUUCUGCCUUUCACCAUAUUAAUGAGAUGGUUAGUUUCCUCCUCGCUCCAAAAAUAUACAGUUUAGCGUGCCGACAUGUUUUUCCAAAUUCAAUACUUCCUGUCAAACAUACAAGAAUCAUUUCGAAUGGAACAUGCGCAGAACACGAAUCAAUAUUCAAAGUCAAAAGGCAGCUGAACAUCCAUCCAUCUUUCCAUUCUGUUUGCUGUUGAUUGGCACCUGUGCUGCAUUCAAAGCCAAAAGGAUGCUUGGAAGGAAGCAAGUGGGCCUGACUGAGAUAACACGGGGGCCACGGCGCUUUGCAGCUGCCGCCAACAUGAAAAAGGCCAUGUGCAGAUGUGAGCGGGCUACGAUAAUCAUGGCUGACCUCCGUGGCCUCCUGCUUCCUGUGGGCCUUCAGAAGACCUGUGACCCCUCCUUCCACCCCUCCCACCUUAAAGUCUCCUUUGGAGUCCAGACCCGCCGCACCUGCCAACGUUUGAUAAUGAAGGAGGGAAAGGUUCUCAUUCUGACAGCCAGCACUGACGUCAGCGACGCUGAAGGCCCAGCUGGACGCGGAGGAGGUGCACGGGCACACACAAAGGUAGGCCUGUGUGACGACCUGUGGAAAAUUCCCGGUCAGCGCCGUGCCAAGACGCCUGCCCCGGCGUGGCGGGGAUCCAGGAGGAACGUGAGAGGAUGCAGACCUGAUGGGAGGAGCAAAUCAUCUGGCGUCCCGUGUCCAAACGUGCUGCUGCGGUGACCAGGAUGGAAGCGGAAACAUCUGGAAGGCACAUGGCUCGGGAGACAGAUAGACGCAUGGGUCAAAGGUCAGCAGGGCCCUUUAAGGAAGAUUAAAGGAGAAGAGUGAAGAAGAACAGAGAUGAGAAAGCGUCUUUAAAGUGAGAGUCAUCACCAUGGCAACAAAGCGAGAGUAGAGGAAGACGCUCCCAGAGCAGAUAUGUUAUCUGGAAAAUACUGCUAGGGAACGGGCCAUUUGGACCGCGGUUCUCCUCCCGGCAUGUGCUUUGGAAGCCAGCAGAGACAUCUGAGGAAGAAGAGAAGGAGAUAAGAAACGCAAACAGCAGGCCAACUGGACCGAGAGCUAAGCAAGCAUCAGCCAAAGGGCUGAGACCAGAUCCUGUGUGGACCCGUCCCACGUGAAGUAUCAUCAGUGUAUUAUCAAAGACUCGUCAUUGCAGGUGAGUGAACAACAAAGGUUUGAUUGUGUUGUGAAGUAGCUUGUUGGAAGUGUGUGUGUGUGUGUGUGUGUGUGUGUGUGAGUGUUGCGAGUGAAAGAGAGUGUGGUGACCUGUAACAGCUCCAUGACUCCGGUCGGGGGGCCUUUAAAAGUCCACAUGUCGGGGUCCUGGAAUGAACCCGUAGUAGAGAGACCUGCAGGCCGCCCCAAUGGGACGAGGAUUGUUUGUUUAAGUACUCUUUUAUGGAAGCGCGAGUGACAGGAAGUCCUUAAAACAGCACCAGCCGCUAUUUAUGCAGUCCCCUUUGGGAGUAAACACCCCCACCAUCAACACCCUGCCGUUGAGGAAUGUGUCCAUUCACAAGCCGGUGGCCAUCUUGGACGCUUGGCUCUCACUACCUGUUUCCAUGGCGACCUUGAGAUGAUACGAGCAUGGUCUGGCUCGUUUUCUACAUCACUUGAUGACCGUCAGACGCAUCCAGCGCCACAUUUUGGGACAGGACUAAUCCCUGGAAAUAAAUAUGGAGGGACUAGACAUACACAAGGAUGUCUCUCCUGCAAAUAUAAUAACGCUCACUUUUGGUGAUGGUGUUAUUUUGACUGAAUCUCGUUCAUUUUUUUUCUUGAGCGGUUCCAGUGUGGUUGACAAAGUGAUGAAAUGUGACGUGUGAUAGGAUACGGAGGUUGUAAGGAAGAAGAAGUGAGAUGUUCCACAUGAUGACAUUCCCAGUGAGGCCGGCAUGGAUGGUGUGGUCCCAAUGGUCCCAGUGGUCACAGCGAUGUGGAAAGCAGAUGGAGAGGUCUUAUACUCCCCACCACACACACUGUCUAUACAGCCUGAUGUGGAGAUACUGUACAUGUACUGUACAAUGUAUACCCUACAUACACUACAACCUCCGUGGGAAUGUAAAAAAGGAAGGAGAGUUUCCCACUGUUGGCUUCAUGCCUUGACCCGAGUCACACUACUGGUGCUGAUGCAACCUCAUUUGGAAAUAAUCGAAUAAGUCUGAAGGUAUUUAGUAUUUUUAUUUGCAUUUAUUUUAAUUGAUAUACAUUUUAAAACAUGUCUUAAUUGUUAGAU